GACUGUCGGUGCACAUGAGUAUGACGUCAUUCGCUCGGACCGAGCCGUGACCUGCUGCUCCGGCUAUGCUAGGGGCUUGUGCCAACCAGAUGUUCCGCUGAAAAUACACAGCUUGACCCUCGUGAUCAUGGACUCCUGAAACCUUCAGCUUUCAGCGACUCUUAGGUCGCUUGCUUCAGUGGCUUGUUUUUGAUCCGAGGUCAGCGAUCGGCCCACGUCCCGUCUGAACUCCCGGGCAGAGGGGGGCGGGCAGAUGGGGAACAUUUGCUGUCGAGCCGAGAGUCCCUGUGGCAGCGCUGAGGAAAGAAGUGUAUUGCUGAAAGAUGACUCGAAGACCGCGAUGACCUUAGGCGAUACCACUGCGGUGGGCACUUGUGGUCCUGCAGGUGAUGAUGGCAUAAGCAAAACGCCGGUUGAGGAGAAUAAGAAGGUGGAGUUAAAGGCUGAGGCUGAGGCUGCAGAGAAAGAGCUCAAUAACACUCAGGAGAACGGACCCUUGAAGAAGGAAGCCACACAAACAGCAACACCUUCUCCCAGGAAAGGAUCUGAACGCAAAGAAAACUCCACCAGAGCACAAGAUGAAGAUAAGAAGGAAUGUCCUGCAGGUGAUGGGAAAUCUGAAAUCCAGCAAUGCACUUUAAACUGCCCUCAACAUGCCACGGCUGAUUGGGAGGUUUCUCCAGCCACAAAAGCACCACAAGAAGAAGAAGAAGAAGAAGAAGAAGAAGAAAAUCCUGCAUCAGCGCAGGAUAAAGUCCCCGAUAGUAGAUCAACAACAGUCGAAGCAGCCUGUCCUGAAAACACCACAGAAACAAACAGAACAGAUCACAUUAAAGUGGACACGACUCCUGAAAAUGUGGAAGAAACAGGCUCUCCACCUGAGCCGCCAGGGGAGACUCCUCAAAACAAAGAAGUGUUAUCUGGGGCAAACACUCAGCUCACUGCUGCAGAUCUUCAGGUGACGUCCAUCUCUGCCGUCAGUCAGGUCGUUAACAAAGAGUCUCCAAGCCGUGCUGUGACAAAGGACUCGGAGAGUGUCUCAGUGUGCAGGGAGGACGAUCCUGAAGUCACAACAAGAAGCCACGAUGCCUCAGAAUCUCCUCCUGGAACCGAGACCACAGAACCCGACCACAGUGAACAAGACUCUGCGAACUCAGGCCGGGAAUCAGAGACCACAGCUCCAGCAGAAUCCAGCACAAGCUCAAAGUCUGACAAAGAUGCGAGUCCAGAUCCUGACUCUGUAACUUCCAGCUCAAAGGAGGUCCCCACCGUGGAGAACAUGAAGCAGGAGGAAAUGAUUCUGAAAGAACGGGACGAGGGUGGAGACGGAGAUGUUCCUGACGUGAAGGAGAAGGAUGAGAUGAAGGAAGAGGUUGAAACUCGGGCUGGGAAAGAUGCUGAGGGUCAGGAGGUCACUGGAGUGAAGGAGCAGCUGACAGGGAGCACAUCCACUGAUAUAAAGGCUGAUGAGGUACCAGUGAAGGAAGAGUCUGAAGACGACCUGGGGAACAGUGAUGAAGACCUGUACAGAGGAGUCGAGGAGCUGCCAGCGUCUCAGAAAAACAAACCAGCUGAGUUAGAAACGACACUUUUAAAGGUCGAGGACAGAUGCAGUCUGGCACCGGCGGUGGACAUUCUGGGAUACAGUGAGCGAGAGUGGAAAGGAAACACUGCCAAAAGUACUCUGAUUAGGAAGGGUUAUAAGGAGAUGUCCCAGAGGUUUGGCAGCUUGAGGAGAGUGAGGGGGGACAACUACUGUGCCCUCAGAGGCACGCUGUUCCAGGUGCUCUCCCACAGCACGGAGCUGCCUGUGUGGCUGCAGGAGGAGGACAUCACGAUGCUGCCAAAACAACUGGAGGCACAGGAAGGUCUGAUAAGUCAGUGGACAUUUCCUGGAGAGUGCCUGCAGGGAGACGGGACGGGAGACGCCAUCGCUCAGCUAAAAGGAUACAUAGAGCUUCUGAGAAUUAAGUGGCGGGCAGCAGUGGACUGCUCCUCCGCGUCGGAGCGGCAGCAGCUCUGCGAGCGAGUGUUUCAGGGAGGAGAAGAGGAGCUGGGGCUGCUGGAGGCGCUCAAGCUGCUGAUGCUGAGCCGAGCGGUGGAGCUGCACGGCCUCAUGCAGGCCGGAGGAGACGUCCCGCUCUUCUGCUGGCUGCUGUUUGCUCGAGACUCUUCCGACUGCCCGCGCUCCUUCCUCUCCAACCACCUCAGACACGUGGGCCUCAGCGCCGGCCUGGAACAGGUGGAGAUGUUCCUGCUGGGCUACUCCUUGCAGUGCACCAUUCAAGUUUACAGACUGUACAAGGCCGACACUGAGGAGUUUGUCACCUACUACCCAGACGACCACAAAGACGACUGGCCAUCAGUGUGCCUGGUCACCGAGGACGAUCGUCACUACAAUGUGCCGGUUGUAGAAGCGUCUGAACAUCACGAGGAGCUCGACUCGAGCUGAUGCCACAGCAGAGAGAUCUCCUGCCAUACACUAAAAAAAAACCUCUCCUCAGGUCCUUCCAAGAUUUACAACGACGAACGGAGUCAUUCCACAUUUUGGGAAACUACGCUUUUGUGUUUUAUUGGAGAAGAGACAUCGCUAAUGUCUGUGAACCUGCAGCUGGUUAUCAUAUCAUACAUAUCAUUGGCCUCUUAGGGAAGAAUGUGCGACAUUUAACACAUAAAUACAGCAGAAAUUAAGUAUAGUACAUCCUGUGUGAAUAUCUCUCUGAGUCAUGACUGUCCACAGCGAGUGAGAAGCUCAAGUCCCCGCUGGCUGUGUUGUUGUCAGAGCCGUGUUUACAUGGACAGGACAGCUGGCUCCUCCCCUUGAGUAUAAAAGCAGUUUAAGUCGAGGACUAGAUCACGCUCACGCUCGCGUUUUUAGAUCACGCUCAUCCUGUGUCAAUUUACAUGCAAUGUGAAGCUACAGGCUAACUAACUAAAAAGCGCUAACAGCUAACACUGGGAAUAUGAGGGGGGGGGUUGGAGGUGCGUUGUCAUCUACUGGAUGAAAAAGUCGCACAUUCUUCAUUUAACACUUUUCGUUAAACUUUCCAAAAAAACAUGCAAUCUUGCAUUUUACCAACCUCUAAACAGGAAAUAUUUCAGAAUCUGAAAAAAAACAAAACAGUGAAUCAAUAUCAAAACAUAUCAAUGGAUCUCUGCAACCCUUUGUACUGGCUUGAAAACAAGUCAGGCUGUUUAAUGCCUGUUUGAAGUGCUUUCGCUAUGCUAAGCUAACCAGCGGCUAGCAAGAGCUUAAUAAUUUAUGAACACAUGCGUGAUGUUGUUUUGAUUUUUUUGGUUAGCAUUUCCCAAAAUGUGGAUCUAUUCCGGUGAAAAAUAUGCUGAUUUGAGACCCUGUACAACACGUGCUUUACACACUUUUGUACACACUGUACUGUAUACAUAGUUUUCUAUUUGCGUGUGUGUUCAUUAACAUGGAUCUGAUAUUGUGAGAUUAUCUCAGUUAGGCCCAAAUUAGUUUUCAGGGUGUCAUUUUGACAACCUUUUAUCUUUGACUAUUUUCUCUUUUAAAAAAAAAAAAGAAAAUGCGGCCAACGGCGCCAAAAUGAAGAUGUUCUGUGUUUACACUGGAAAUUUGGGCACUUUCAGUAUUUAUUUAUUUUUUUGUUCUAUGUAGAAAAAAAACAAACAAGCAUUUUGAAGUGAACAAGUGUGACAGUGAUCAGUGACACAGCUGAAUCAGUCAGUGGAGCGUUUGACGAUUUAUCAGGUCUAUCAACAGCUCACACCAGAUGACGAUCAGAGGAUGUAUCGCAGCCUGUGUCAGAGGCGUGAUUUGUGAUGGUCUGCGUGUGUGUGUGUUUGCAGCUGUGUGUGUGUGUGUCAAACUCAAUGUGUAACAUGUUGCCUUUAACCAAGCUGUCCUGACGGGGAAAACGUGCCAAUGUUGCUGCAAAUACUGACAGCCGUCCCAGCCACCAGCCAGUAGGAAGCGCUCGCUUGGUCCUCCAUGUUGCCUUAGAAAAAAAAAUGCACAAUAAGAAUGAAUGUUGGUCGUCAGUGAGAAGAGGCUGUUUCUUUCCCUGAUUCCAGAGCAGGUGAAGCUCAUUUAUAAAAAAAUGUGUAAGAUCAAAACUAAAAUGCCAUUUGCAUGAAUGAUCUCGCGUUGUCAGACUUUGGGACGUUGAGUUCAAAUGAAGUACAAUUGUUGUGAAGAACUUUUCUUUCCCCGUUACAGCGCUUGAUUUGAUUGGUAUGACGUUUUGAUGUUUCCUCAUUCAUUUAAAAAAAAAAAAAAAAAAAAAGGAGUGAUUUGAGUUUUAAAAAGCUAAGCUUCAUUAAUCAUUCAUUACAUCUGUUUGGAACCCAAACACAUGGUGAAAACGUGAAUUAAACAGAUUUUCCUACGCUCUGCA